AUGUCUCGAGCUACUUCAAUACCGAGUGCUAUACCUUGCUACGUUGUCGAUGAUGAUGACGAUGAUAUCCAGAUUGUGGGUGUCAACAACUUGAAUCCUCAGGCCAGCAGCGGACUCAAACUCGGCGAAUAUCAUCUUGACGCUGGGACCGUCGAUAUGACACCAAGGGCGGUCUACUUCAAUGCGGACUGUGAUCCUCGCUAUUUUGCAGAUCAGUUCCACGCUCAUGCCUCCCAGCAGGGGCCAGAGAUAGACGCGAUGGCACCAGUUAUUACCAUCGGUGAAAGCGCUUCGCCAAACCCCGAUUUGGUCAACCCUCAGCCUCCAUCUGAUCGUCGUUCCGUCACGGCAGAGUCUGGGCCUGCAUCUGUAUCAGGAUCGUCCCUAGAUGGGUCUGAAUCCGGCUCGUCCCUGUCUGGUUCUGAAUCUGGCUCUGCCUCCGACUCAAGUGAGACGCAGACCGUCUUGUCUCAGCACACCUCUUCCAACGGGCCUCCUGCUCACAACACGGAGCCUAACGGGCCUGAAUGGAUGGGACUGGCCUACAAGAACCUCCUCGGCGUCUUAGUUGGUCCAAAAAACUGUGACGUGCCCGAUGAACCGACAAAGCUACCACCAGUCUUCUUCAGUGAUCUUGCUAACGCGCUUGUCUCGAACUUCCCCUUUGAAGAAUUUGCUGCUAAGCACAAUUGUACCGUCGAAGAUGUCAACCAUGCUCUUAUUGCUAAUGUCAUUGCCCCAUUGAUCAAGUGUCAGUCAGUCGAUAAAGGGCAGAUGCAAGCUAAAGCCGACGCCAUCUUCGAUCGAUGGAUACCCAAAACUGAGUCCCAGGCAAGCGCAGAGUCUACCCCUAUACAGACUUUUGCUAUCAAACCUGAAGGCGAUCAACAAACAAUCCCUGAGGCGGCACCGCAGCCACUUACACCUACAUAUACGCCCACACAUGUACCUACAACAGGCCCCGUCGAGGAGCAAACUAGUACAUACUAUGAUAGUAGUGAAGAUGCUACAUACUCUGAUGUAUCUUAUGAACAGCAACUUCACGUGCAGGAAGAGGCCGCCCCGACUCAGGAUCCCAAUACCCAGAACAACAUUGAUUUCGACGCCCAGCAGACACCCAUAUCUCAGGAGCAAGACAACUUUGAAGUCCAGCACCAAGUCAAUGUUGAGCUCCAGCACCAUGCCAAUGUUGAGCUUCAGAACGAGUUUCAGCACGGGGAUAUGGCCAACCCUCUCUCUGAACUCACCCAUGAAGAAACUAUGGCACUCGCACAUAAUCUCCUUGCUGGUAUUGCCGAGUGUACUUUUGGGGGCGAUGAUAGCUAUGAAGAACAAAAUGUCCAGACUUCUCCUAUUCCCCAGGUUGUUCAAGCUGCCCAGGCUCCUCAAGUCCCUCAAGCCACUCAGGCUCCUCUAGUUUCCCAGGCUCCAGACGUGACUAUCGAAGCCCCUCCGUCUAAGUCUCCAGUUUCUCCAGAUAAUGUCCGGACCCCGACCCCUCAAUCUAUCCUGAAGAACUCUAAACGCGCUCAUCAGACUUCUGAUCCUGAGGACCAAAGUCCCCUAGCCCAAAAACCUCGUAAGCUGCGCCAGGACACCCCCCGUCCAACCAAGAAGGUCAGAUUCGACCACUGGCCCCCUUCCCCCAGGACCUGUGCUAAACGGGGCCUCCUCCCGCUACCCAAACUUCACAUGAACCCGGAAAAUAGCGAGAAGAUCAACAAGAUGAAGGUCCCUGCCAAUCCAAAGCCAUACGUCCCAUUGACUGACGAAACUCGCGUCAAACGCCACAGAGUUACAGUUGGCCCGUUUGGCAAUUACGAGGAAGUCUCUGAGUACGAAGAGGUUGAUCCAGGCGUAACCCAGUUUCUACUCUCUCAGGGCCUCCCGAUUGACCAGCAACCUCGCAAGAAACGCGAAUUGACUAGUCGAGACCAUGAGAAGAUAAAAUCCGUCCGUAAGAACCUGUUCAAUUUUGUCUUUGAAUUGCAGGGGAAACAUAUGGAUCGAAUGGGUCUGCCUCGCCCACCAGGUCCGGAAGAGGCUAUUGAUGAGGGAGAUGAGGAGGCUGAGGCCCCUGAGGACUUCUACUUUGAUGAUGAGCACUAUGGACAAACUGAGAUGAUGACGAUUAAACUCGACCACAAAAAAAUUGUAUUAUAG